AUGCUUCCUCUCUUCAACAAAGUACUUCCUCUCUUCAUUAAGAUGCUUCCUCUCUUCAACAAAGUGCUUCCUCUCUUCAUUAAGAUGCUUCCUCUCUUCAUCAAGGUGCUUCCUCUCUUCAUCAAGAUGCUUCCUCUCUUCUUCAAAGUACUUCCUCUCUUGAUCAAGGUGCUUCCUCUCUUCAUCAAGGUGCUUCCUCUCUUCAUCAAGUGCUUCCUCUCUUCAACAAAAUACUUCCUCUCUUGA